AUGAUAAAGAAAGCCUUUCGGGAUCCUGCCGCCUGUCCUAUCUUAGCCCUUCAGAAGGAAGCAGAGAAAGAGGUUCAUGCUAAGGCAGCCGUGGCCCUAAGGGGGGCUGCAGACUGCCCCCUGAAGCCACGGGAGAAGGAAAUCCGAGAUAGAGCUGUUGAGGCCAUUGAAGCAAUCAUAAACCCUUCCUGGGAACCCAAUCCUCCACCGGCGGUCCUCUCUGACUCGCUUUAUCCUCCCCUCAUAGACUUUGACACUGAGAUAAGACCUCCUCCUUAUGUCCCCAUCCCUGUUCCGGCAGCAGCCCCUGGUCCGGCUGCAGACUCUACUCAGGAUGUCGGCCCUAGCGGACGGCUUCGUCCACGUGGAAACCUCCGGCCCGAGGAGGGAGAUCCUGUCUCUAGUUCCGGACCAGGCCCCCAUUCUGUUUCUUUGUUCCCUGUGAGAGCAAUUGGCCACCCAGGUGGCCACCAGUAUCAGUAUUGGCCCUUUUCAUCUAGCGAUCUAUAUAAUUGGAAAAUCCAGAACCCUCCUUUUUCUGUGGAUCCAAAGGGUCUCAUAGGUCUCGUGGAGUCCAUCAUGAACACCCACUGUCCCACAUGGGACGACUGCCAGCAACUCAUCCGAACUCUCUUCACGACUGAGGAGAGGGAGCGCAUCCUCGUUGAAGCUCGAAAGAACGUGGCGGGAGAUGAUGGGCGGCCCACCAUCCUACCUGACCUCAUCGAUGCGGCGUUCCCCCUCAGCCGACCUAACUGGGAUUUUGGGACGGCAGAAGGUAGGGAGCGUCUCCGAGUAUACCGCCAGACUCUCAUGGCCGGUCUCCGAGCGGCCGCUAGACGGCCCACAAAUUUCGCCAAGGUAAAAGCUGUUAUCCAAGGGGAAACCGAAAGCCCAGCCGCAUUUCUUGAGCGAUUGUAUGAUGCCUACCGGCAGUAUACUCCCAUUGACCCGGAGGCUGAUUUACACCGCUCAGCAGUGUUGCUCUCCUUUAUUAGCCAGGCAGCCCCUGACAUAAGAAGGAAGUUAAAUUCCCGGGAAAACCUGGGUAGCAUGACCCUCCAGGAGAUGCUGCAUGUUGCCGAAAGGGUAUACAACUCUAGGGAGAGUAAGGAAGAAAAAGAGGAUCGGUUGAGGCAGGAGGACAGGGACAGGCAGGAGAGACAGAGAAAAGAGGAUCGGGAAUUCCAGGCUAGGGAAAAUCGGAAGAGUCAGAAAGAACUUACUAGGAUCCUUUUGGCAAGCGUAGGGAGUCAGCCCAAAGGGAGAGGGCCGCCUAGCAGACCAGGCCUAGAUAGGGAUCAGUGUGCUUAUUGUAAGGAAAGCGGGCAUUGGAAGCAUGAGUGCCCAUAUCGCGGGAAGAAGCAGGAAGGGGCCAAAAUUCUAGUAGCUGAGGAGGAGGACUGAAGGGGACGGGACUCGGCUCCCCUCCCCGAGUCUUGGGUAACUGUUUGUGUGGAGGGGAAACCAGUGGGGUUUAUGGUAGACACAGGGGCCCAAUACUCAGUCCUGAAUCAGGCCAUGGGGAAACUCAAACCUAACAAAACCAGUCUAGUCCAGGGGGCCACAGGAUCAAAAAUCUACCCUUGGACCAGCAACCGCCAGGUGCAUCUAGGGAAACAUCAGGUCACUCAUUCAUUCCUAGUGGUGCCUGACAGCCCAGCCCCCCUUCUGGGGAGGGAUUUAUUGACCAAAGUUAGAGCCCGGAUCCACUUUGACCCUGAUGGGAUUAAGGUUAUGGAUGGGGAAGGGGCUCCUCUACAUGUCCUAACACUCUCGGUACAUGAUGAACACAGAUUAUUCAGGAACUUGGGGGAGGAUAGUGUGAGGGGGACGAUGGCAUAUUGGUUGAAGAAAUACCCCUCCGCAUGGGCCGAAGUGACAGGCAUCGGUCUCGCCAGACAUGUUCCACCAGUAGUGGUGGGACUCAAAGCCUCCGCCCAGCCAGUCAGGGUACGACAGUACCCAAUACCAGAAGCAGCCAGGCGCGGCAUCUCCCCGCAUAUCCACAGACUUUUGAAAGAGGGGGUUUUGAGACAGUGCCACUCAGCUUGGAACACCCCUCUCCUGCCUGUCAGGAAGCCUGGUAGCUCAGAUUACCGUCCAGUGCAGGACUUGAGGAAGGUGAAUGAGAGAGUGGAGGACAUCCACCCGACGGUGCCAAACCCCUACACUCUCCUGAGCCAUGUAGCACCCUCUCUUAAAUGGUACACCACCCUGGAUCUAAAGGACGCCUUCUUCAGCAUACCCCUGGCUGAGAGCAGCCAGUUGCUUUUUGCAUUCGAAUGGCAGGAGGAGGGGAAAGUGAGACAGUUAACCUGGACGAGGUUGCCCCAAGGAUUUAAGAACUCUCCGACCCUGUUCAAUGAGGUCCUUAGCCAGGAUCUCGAGCCCUUUCGACGAGAACAUGAGGAGAUAACAUUGUUGCAGUAUGUAGAUGACUUGCUGCUGGCGGCCCCCACCCAGGAGAGCUGUAGACGGGCUACAGGGCAGCUUCUCGCCCUCCUGGGGGAACUGGGGUAUAGAGCGAGUGCGAAGAAGGCUCAAAUAUGCCAGGAGAGAGUCACAUACUUGGGCUAUCAGCUAGAAGGAGGGGCGCGAUGGUUAACAGAGGAAAUGAAACAGACCGUCCUCCAUAUCCCCACCCCAACAUCUGCAAGGAAAGUGAGGGAGUUUCUGGGGUCGGCUGGAUACUGUAGACUCUGGAUCCCCAAUUUUGCUGAGAUUGCAAAACCCCUGUAUGAGGCCACCAAAGAGACUCGGGAUUGGGAAUGGACAGAGAGUCACCAGGCCGCUUUUGAACGUCUCCGAGUCGCGUUAUUGCAGGCCCCGGCCCUAGCCCUGCCUGACCCUUCCAAGCCAUUUACCAUCUAUGUGGACGAAAGGAAAGGGAUAGCUAAAGGGGUACUGACGCAGAAGCUGGGCCCUUGGCGAAGGCCAGUGGCCUACCUCUCAAAGCGGCUAGAUGCGGUUGCGGCUGGGUGGCCACCCUGUCUCAGAGUAAUUGCAGCAGUAGCCCUCUUGGUCAGAGACGCUGACAAGCUGACUUUCGGGCAGGAGCUCCACAUAGUUACCCCGCACCCGAUUGAAGGAGUCCUGAAACAGCCGCCGGGGAAAUGGAUAACCAACGCCCGCCUCACCCAUUAUCAAGGACUUUUAUUAGAUAGUCCCCGUAUUGUUUUUGCCAGCCCAUCCACCUUGAACCCCGCCAGCCUGCUGCCCGAACCGGACGCAGUCUCGCCCAGUCACCAGUGCCUUGAAAUAUUGGCUGAGAUUUCCCAGGCAAGGCCAGACCUGAAGGACAUACCAUUGGAGAACUGCCCCUUGAACUGGUAUACGGACGGAAGCAGCUUUGUGCUACAAGGGGUAAGAAGAGCGGGGGCCGCGGUGGUGGACCACGAAGGGGUGGUGGUAUGGAGCAGUGCCCUGCCCCCUGGAACCUCAGCCCAGAAGGCCGAACUGAUGGCCUUAACAGAGGCCUUGGAACGCGCAGAAGGGAAGCGGGUUAACAUAUAUACGGACAGUCGCUAUGCCUUCGCCACCCUGCAUGUCCAUGGCGCCAUCUACCGAGAACGGGGAUUCCAGACUUCUAACGGGCAGGAGCUCAAGAAUCUGGCGGAGGUCCAGCGUCUCUUAAUGGCAGUGGACAAACCAAGGGAGGUAGCCGUCAUCCAUGUCCCUGGGCACCAAAAGGGGGACAACCCAGACGCUGUAGGGAAUCGUCGAGCGGACACGGAAGCCCGGAGAGCGGCUAUGGAGAGCACUCCCUGGCCCACAGCCACGGCUAGGGACCCCGGGACGUGGCACCGAAGUCCGGACGGGGCCAUAAUUCUCCCUCGCCAGCUAGGCGAAUUCCUGGCUGGCAACAUUCAUCGGACCUCUCACCUGGGGCGCCGGAAGCUAGCGGAGCUACUCACGGCUGCGCGCCUGGUGUACCCUGCUAUGACCGCAAGCCUGCAGCAGAUCACGGACGCCUGUACUGUCUGCGCCCAGAUGAGACCGGCCAUGCGGAGGGGCAUGCAUACAGGUAGCAGGGAAGCGGGGAGGAGUCCGGGGAGGAGUUGGAAGGCAGAUUUUACUGAGGUUAAGCCAGGCAAGUACGGGUAUCGGUAUCUGCUAGUUCUGAUAGACACCUUUUCGGGCUGGGUGGAAGCUUUCCCAACAAAGCACGAGACUAGCCGGGUGGUAGCUAAGGUCCUGCUAGAAGAGAUCAUACCCCGAUAUGGUGUCCCUGACUCGAUCGGGUCAGACAACGGCCCGGCUUUCAUUAGCAAGGUCCUGCAAGGCCUAGCCCAAGCUAUGGGAACUGAUUGGAAAUUACAUUGUGAAUAUAAUCCCCAGAGCUCUGGGCAAGUAGAGAGGAUGAAUCGGACCCUGAAGGAGACCUUGACUAAAUUGGCUCUCGAGACUGGCGGGGACUGGGUGACGCUCCUACCCCUCGCGAUUUUCCGAGCGAGGAACACUCCCUAUGUACAUGGGUUAACACCUUUUGAAAUCCUCUAUGGGGCACCCCCACCCAUCACGCGAAGGACUCUGGCUCCGCCAGGGGAAGUUGCUGUGCACCCGGACUACCUGACAGUCCUGCAGACUCUAUCCCGAGUGCACCAGCAGAUAUGGCCGCUGGUCAAGGCAUAUCACGAAAGGGAGGGGGAGGGACCGGAGCACGGACUGGUGCCAGGGGAUAGAGUUUGGGUGAAGCGACACAAUGUUAGAAAUCUGGAGCCCCGAUGGAAGGGUCCUUAUGUUGUUCUUUAUACCACCCCCACUGCCUUGAAGGUUGAUGGAAUCGGGCCAUGGGUUCACCAUUCCCACGUCCGACGAGCAGGAACUGCAGGAGAGGAGGAGGGAAGUGCCCUACAGCCUCAGCCUCAGUGGACCGCGCGGCGCCAUCCUUCAAAUCCCCUCAAGCUCCGGCUGGUACGAGGUGCUUCUGGACACAGGAGCCGCGCACUCGCUGGUGCAUCUACCUCCUAG